AUGCAAAUACUUUCUGUAAAUUUUUUAAUAUUUACCAUUAGUGGUGUGUGGCGGCCUGUCGAGUGGUCAUCGAAUUGUGCUAAGUUGCUGUACAAUGCAUUGACUUUCGUUAUACUAAUCUUGGAAUAUUUUUUGGUAACAACUCAGUUCAUGGAUAUCAUUCUCGUUGUCGAUAAUAUUGACGAUUUCUCUACCAAUAUUCUAAUGUGUCUGACUAUUAUUGGUGUUUGUUGCAAAGCGACUGUUAUUGUCGUACGUCAGAAUGCAGUUAUUGACUUAGUACAAAUGCUGUUGCUGGAACCAUGUAAAAUUCAAAAUGAAGACGAAAUAGCAAUACAAACGAAAUUUGAUGAAUUUAUCAGAACGUGGUCAAUAAAAUACUCACUUUUGGCGAUGAUUUCCGUUAUAAGUGUAACAAUAGGAUCGGUGUUGAACGCUAUGCAAGGUCACUUGCCUUACAGAGUAUGGCUACCAUUCGAUACUAAUACAUCUCUGAUAUUCUGGAUUACAUCUAUACAGCAGAUUGUAAUUGUGAUAUUCGCCACUUUCCACGCUAUUGGCAUGGAAACUCUACUUUUUGGAUUGUUCCUGCAAACAUGCGCCCAGCUUGAAAUUUUCGAAAAUCGUUUUCACAAAUUAGUAAUUAAUAAAACAGCUAGUUAUCUGAAACAUGUACCUACUUCGUUAAAUAAAGAUAAAGCGAUAUUGUCGGAAUGCAUAUACCAUCAUCUCACCAUUUAUAAAUAUGCUAAAAUGGUAAAUAUUAUAUUCAACCAGGUGUUCUUUGUACAAUUCUUUAGCAGUAUUUUGGUAUUAUGUACAAGUAUAUAUUAUUUAGCAGAACAUAUUACGGAAACCAGAGCAGCGACUUUGUUACUGUACACUAUUGGCAUGAUUGUACAAAUUUAUCUUUACUGCUGGUGCGGAAAUGAGGUCAUGCUUAUGAGUAUGAAGACAGGUCAUGCGAUAUAUCAUACGGACUGGCCUUUACUAUCAGUCAGCGAAAAGAAAGAUCUGUUGAUUAUCAUGAUACGUAGCACGAGGCCCAUAAAAUUUACUAGCAGCUUUUUGAUAACUUUGUCUCUUGACUCCUACAGCAACAUCUUAAAAACAUCAUAUUCUGCAUUUAAUGUGUUACAACAAUCAUAG